CCUUAAAUUUACAACAAUACAACAACGGAGCUGUAGCCUGUAGUGUGGUGGGUUAUAUGUAUGAGUAGCAGUCGCGCCCACCGCACUCUCAUCUCGUGGAUCCACGCUCUUUUCCUCUCCCUCCUUUCCAGCCGGCCAUGGGAUUUCGGAUCUGGUACUAAGGGUUUGAAUAUUGGGGAUAGAUAGCAAGCAAUUAUGGAUGGCAACAAAGACGAGGCGUUGAGAUGCAUCAGAAUCGCCAAAGAGGCACUCGCAGCAAGCAACAAAGAAAAAGCCCUAAAAUUCCUCGGAAUUGCUCGCCGCCUAAAUCAGAGUUUACCUUUGGACGAGCUUUACGCUGCGUGUAAUGAUCUCGACGAAUCGUCCACUGCUGGCCCUUCCAACGACGCCGAGGAUGUUGCUGCAAAGGUGAAAGAGGACAAAAGCUCCUCCAUCAAUGGCGGACUACCUAAUGGGGAGAGGAAUUACACAGAUGAGCAUGUGCACUUGGUGAGGCAGAUCAGGAUGAAGAAGGAUUACUAUUCCAUUCUUGGUCUAGAAAAGAACUGCUCCGUAGAGGAGAUUAGGAAGGCUUACAGAAAACUGUCACUGAAAGUUCAUCCUGACAAGAACAAGGCUCCAGGCUCCGAGGAGGCGUUCAAGAAAGUCGGAAAGGCCUUUAAAUGCUUAAGCGACGAUGAAUCGAGGAGGCAAUAUGAUCAGACUGGUUUGGUCGAUGAGUUUGAGCAUAAUCAGCAGUAUCCAGUUAGGAGGAGACGUAGGCGAACUGGGAAUGAUUUCUUCGACGAUGAGUUUGAUCCCGACGAGAUAUUCCGAGCAUUCUUCGGGGAGCGAGACAUGUUUAGAAAUGGUCAUGUGUAUCGGACUCGAACACAUAAUCACGCUGCCGGUGGUAAUCAGAGGGAGGAAUUGGGCGGAGGCCCGAGUGUGUUGCUGCUGCUUCAGCUGCUUCCGUUUUUGUUAAUCAUUCUUCUUGCUUAUCUCCCUUUUUCAGAGCCCGAGUACUCGUUGCAGAGAAACUAUUCUUACCAGUAUAGGAAGACGACAGAAAAACAUGGAGUGGAGUUCUUUGUUAAGUCGCAGCAAUUUGAUGAGAGUUAUCCUAUUGGAAGCCCUGGUCGGGAUGAGAUUGAGAAUAGUGUGAUCAAGGAUUACAAGCAUAUGCUCGGGCGAUAUUGCCACAUGGAAAUGCAGAGGCGCCAUUGGAAUAGGCAUUUUCCGACUCCCCAUUGCGACAAGCUUCAAAGUCUGGCUGCAUGAAAAUUGUGAAGUGGAUGACUUCCCGGGACGGUGAUGGUGAUUCAUCUCUGAGAGACUGAAGCCUUCUGAUUGGCUGCCGGAUCGGGAAAUUUUGUAGCGCUGUUGUGGCCGCCACUGCCUGUGGUUGGUUAUGAAGAUGCAUAGAAUAGGAAGCAUUUGGUGCUAACUAAGAUCUCAUCUUAUGAUAUGAUAAGAUAUGAUUUGAUGAUAAUAAUAGUACUGCUAAUGUGUGCAUCUGAAUAUAUAUGUUGUUUUUAUACAUAACAUCUGAAUGUGUCUCUUCUUUUUGUUAUUCUCCCCAUAUAUUAUCAUUUAUUUAUUAUGGGUCAA